UUAGUACUAUUAAUUUAUUAUAAAACGCGAGCCGGGCCCCCACAUUAUUUUUUUUGGCGGCUCUCUCUAACGACUCGAGAGAUUACAUUCAUCGCAACUUCCGGCUCUCUCUCUCUUUUCACCACCGGUGCUCGAGCUUCUUCAAUGGCCGCCUUGCACCCACCGGCGCUUCCGUGGAACGACGCACCAUUAGCUCCUCCGGGCCGCUACAAUCUUCAAGGCUUGAUGGAGAACCACGCAUUUGUGGGUGACGCGGUAAUUGAGUCUGCUGUUGGGUGGUUGAACGCUGCUCAGAUAGAGGCACUCUUGCUUGCGGCUGAGGCCAACUUGAUCCCUAUUUCUACGGUUCCCGCACCAGAAGAGACAACAGGUUUAUUUGUGUACAACACUAGAGCGUACAACGACCACAGAAUGUAUAAUCAUGUUGGUCCAACAUCUCUAAUUGCAAGACAAACUCUUGUCCACGGUCUCUCUUUCGUUCAAAUGGGCGAAGCUAUUGGUGUUAAUAACAACCGCUAUCGCAAACGUGUACACCGCAACUUCGCUAGGUUCCAUCACUUGGCUAUUAUCCACUACAGGUUCAUCGGUCUCCACGAGCUUUGAAAGUAUAUCGCCAGAGUCAUUGCUUGGAAGCUGGAUGGGAAGAAGGAUGUGCUCAUAUUCAUAGGAAAACGUGUCAUUAAGGAAUUACCAGAUUUCUUACAUUUAAAAAAAAACUGUGUUCUUAUCUUAGGUUUUUUGUACAUUUACAUGAUUUACAUUUACAUUGUUUUUAUCAGGUCUGAAUGAUUGAGUAGGAAGGUUCUAAACUCAUAUAUGUAGCCCUGAACAUUUAGAUUGGUUUCAGUUGAGUAGUCAAUAUAUAACAUUCCAUAAAAAAUCAAAAACAUUUUAUCUAUUAAUAAUAGCAAUCAUGAUUAAUUCUAAAGGUUGUGAACUUUAUUUAUGUCGAAAGGUUAUGUGUUUUCAACAAUUAAAAGUUGUGUCUUUUUAUAUUAAAAAAUUGUGACUCUUCAUAUAAGUAUUAUUUAACCUUUAAAUUGAAAAGAUGUGAGACUUCAAUUUGUUUUUGAAAAUCUAUAAAUAGGCUAUAUACAUGCCUUUUCAAAGCAUAAUUUUCACUAAUCAAAUAAAAUGGUUGAAAGGUUGUGUUUUAAUUCUAAAAAUUGCAUCAUUUGAAAAUAAAAUGUCAAUUUAUAUUUGUGUGUUUCCAAAAUGUCAUUUUAAAAAGUAUUAGCUUUAAAAGUUGUGUCUUUUCAUCAAAAAUGAUAUAUUUGUUAUUUUGUUUUCAUAAAUUGUUAAAUAUCCCAAAAAGUGUAAUUGUACAGUUAUUUGUUUCAAGAGUUGUGUAUCAGUGUGUAAAAAUCG